UGAAAUAAAGCAGCGGAAACCGACAGAGUGGUUGUUAUUGAAGUCUGGACUGUGGAUAUGUUGUAAACUGAAUAGAAGAGUUUCUUACACUUUGUUCUGCCCAUGAAAGAAAUUGUAAAACCGUCCCCACCGUCACAAUGUGGAAACCCGCCGCCGGUGGAUCAAAAAGCAACUUCAGCUCAGCAGCCGCCGCCGCGGUCACCUGUCUGCUCGUGACCGGGAUGCUGGUCGUUACUGUCGGACAACCGAGCAGCGGAGACCCGGUGGAGCCUCUAGUAGCUGCAGCGACGAGAGGAAAUGUCUAUUCGGCGUAUUUCAGGAAACUCACCCGGGGGAGGCGAGCGAUAAGUGACCCCCCGCUAAAAAGCGCUCCCCCCGGGCCGGUGGAGCAUCUCUCCCCGGCCGACCUGUUCAUAGCGGUGAAGACCACCGGAAGAUAUCACCGGCAGAGACUGCAGCUCCUGCUGGACACCUGGAUCUCCAGAAACAUGCAACAGACGUUCGUGUUCACUGAUGGAGAGGACGAGAAGCUGGGGAAAAGGAUGGGAGCUCACAUGAUCAACACCAACUGUUCAGCGGCCCACAAUCGCCAGGCCCUCUCCUGUAAGAUGGCUCUGGAAUAUGACACUUUUAUUAACUCUGGCAAGAAGUGGUUCUGUCACGUCGAUGAUGAUAACUAUCUGAACGUCGGCUCCCUCCUAAAGCUCUUGUCUCAGUACAGUCACACACAGGAUGUUUACAUCGGCCGGCCCAGCCUGGAGCGACCAAUAGAGGCCACAGAGAGGCUCGGCACCACUGAAAUGAAGCAGGUGCGUUUCUGGUUCGCCACAGGAGGAGCAGGAUUCUGCCUGAGCCAUGGCCUCGCUCUCAAGAUGAAACCCUGGGCGAGUGAUGGCACCUUCAUGGCGACAGCAGAGCACAUUCGCCUCCCAGACGACUGCACCGUUGGUUACAUCGUGGAGGCGCUGCUUGGCGUGAGCCUCAUCCGCUCGGCAUUGUUCCACUCCCACCUGGAGAACCUGGGGCUGGUGUCAGACAUACACAACCAGGUGACUCUCAGCUACGGCACAGUGGAAAACAGCAGAAACACCGUCAGCCUGAAAGGACCAUUUUCAAAAAACGAAGAUCCUACGAGGUUCAGGUCGGUCCAUUGUCUGCUGUACCCAGACACCGCUUGGUGCCCCGAGCCCUGGCGACUUUAACGCCCAUCCAGAGACACAGGCAGACCGGUGGAGGUGGCGAAUAAGUAAAUGUCUGGCUUAACUUAAUUUUCUCUGAUGGAGGAGGAAAUCACUGCAGAUGUCCAAGAAUACAGAGAGGGAGUCUCACCGCUGCCCUCCUCUGGCUCACCAGUGCUGAACAAUCUCAGAAACAUUUGGACAUGCAU